UAGCGGAUAUUUCUUCUACUGCAAGAAGACGCCUUUGCGGCUCGGGUUCUGGGUCUGGCAGUUUGCGGCGAGCUUGGAGGGGGGUCAUUUGUGCUUUAGAUGUUCUUUUCGAAGGAAUGAUUUUUUUUAAAAAAAAAGGCGGCUGAAAAUAUCUAUUGAAACAUUUCUUCCAACCUUUGUGUCGCCAAAUACGCGAAAUCAAUUUAACUGAAACAGAAAAUGAUUUAAACAACGCGCAGGGGUGUUAGUAGUUUUGACAGUUGCGAAGUAAUAGUAUUCGCAUUGUAAUAUAUUCGUAUAAAUGAAUAUCAAAGAAAUAGUAAGUUUCGAGUAACGGAAUUAUUUGUAGUCAUAUUGCAUACUACAACCCUGCAUCACUGCAAUGUUCCCCCAAUGGGUGCUGUUAAAUGACGACUUUCAUAUCACGCAGAUGUGUGUGAUUAGACCACAGUUGACAUGGAUACUACUAUUUUGUCUGUAUCAAUUUUCUUACUAUUAUUAUUUGAGGAUGUGAGAACAAUCAAGGUCUUUUUUUUUAAUUCCUAAGUGCAAAUAUUCCUGGUCUGCAAAAACGAAGAAUUUCUGAAUGUUCCCAGCAAGAAUCUAUAAAGAUCGAUCCUGAAAAUGUCUUCAUGCUUUCAACAUGUAACCUGCGAUUUACAUAUGUGAAUCGUGCGGCGCCUUUUGUACAGUAUGUAAAGGAAACGAGAGAGGUAACAGGCGAGACAGAUUUGAACUCAUCACGCCUUCCCCUUUAACAGCAGGAAGGAAACCGGAAGCAGGACCGAAGUUUGCGAUUUGGCCGACAGAUUGUGUGAAAUCAACAUCAGUUGCAGAGUCAUUAAAAAUUAAAAGAAUCCGGUUGCAGAGAAAAACGAUAUAUUAAAAGAUCUGAGUUUUUGGAGACUGGAUGAUUCUCAACGGGGUAAGGUCAAAAGUGGGUGUAGCAGUGUUGAAGCCCCAAGCCGAGUGACUCAUGGUAUCCCAGAAGACUGCAGGCUACACGACCUGACAGAUCAUGGCUGCCACAGAGGAACCCCCAGAGAAGCACUGCUGGGUGUGCUUCGCCACGGAGCGCGAGGACCGCGCGGCCGAGUGGGUGAGCCCCUGCCGCUGCAAGGGCUGCACCAAGUGGAUCCACCAGGCGUGUCUGCAGCGCUGGCUGGACGAGAAGCAGAAGGGCAACGGAGCUGGCAGCGUCAGCUGCCCGCAGUGCAGCACCGAGUACAAGAUCGUCUUCCCCAAGCUGGGCCCGCUGGUGUACUUCCUGCAGCAGGUGGACAGAGUCCUGUCCAGGGUCAGCCCUUUCGCUGCUGCUGGAGUGGUGGUGGGCACUGUGUAUUGGUCAGCUGUCACCUACGGAGCGGUCACUGUCAUGCAGGUGGUGGGGCACAAGAAGGGCCUGGAUGUCAUGGAGAGGGCAGACCCGCUGUUCCUGCUCAUGGGUCUGCCCACCAUCCCAGUCAUGCUGGUUCUGGGAAAGAUGAUCCGCUGGGAAGACUACGUGCUGCGGCUCUGGCAGAAACACUCCAUCAAGCUUCAGCUGCUCAGCGGCAUCAUGCCAGGCAUUGGGCGCCCAGCGCCCCGUGUACCCUUUGAUGGAGGCUAUCCAGGCGACCACCUCUCUGUGUCGCGCACCCUGUGUGGUGCCCUGGUCUUCCCUACCAUUGCCAACCUGGCAGGCAGACUCAUGUUCCGCAGGGUGCCCUCCAGUCUGCAGCGCACCAUCCUGGGUGGCAUCGCCUUCGUCGUGAUCAAGGGAGUCCUGAAGGUGUACUUCAAGCAACAGCAGUACCUCAUGCAGGCCAACCGCCACAUCCUGAACUACCCGGAGCGAGAGGAUGGGGACGAGGCACAUGAGGAGGAGGACAAUGAGGACAGUGGAAACGAGUAGAGAGAACAGUCUCGCCCCUCCAAACCCCACUCUCCUCUCCCCCUGCCUCUCCAGCGGUCCCCCUGCAGUCUGAGAACACAGUCCUGUAGAAUACCAGUAUUUAUUAUUAAACCACUCGACCGAUUCCCUGCUGGAUUGCUUUGUUUAAAGAUGAAGAUUGCUUGUGCAAUCCCAUAUUUAAAAUUAAUUUGGAAUGAAAGAGUGUGUGAUAAAAGGAUGACCCCGAAAAAGGUCGUUUUCCUCCUCAGGGCUCCUAUUGCAACACAUUUUUUGUUUAAAAAUCAAAUUACUCAUCAGAAGAAAAAAAGAAUUGUUGACCAGGGUUGUGGUCAAAACCAUUUUCUUUUAUCAUGUAAUUCUGUUGUGUUUACUGCAUUAAACUUCACUUUUAAAAUUUC